AUGGCUAGUGAUUGGUUAGAUCUGGCCAUAUUCCGGCUGGGUCUCCGGCAGGGUCCUACCAAGUCCUUGGAACAUCGCAAAGCAGACAUAAUGAGUUUUUCUGAUGCAAGCCUGAUUAGCCAAUGGGAACUCCCCAAUCAGGUAUCUGCACACGAACUCUUAGAGUGCUUCUUCCAAGGUCCCAACCUAAUCUUCCCUUUGCUUGAGUGGAAGGAGUGCACGGCCGGUCUGGAGGCAUGUCUCGAGUCAAGCUUCUUCGAAAUUGGUCAAAGGAAUGGACCGUCACAGAUUUUGCAGAUUUUGGCCGUCCUCGUCUUGGGUUACAUCUCAGGCCCUCACCAAAUUUCCGGCUUUGAUGCCAGAUGUUACCUCAAUCGCUGUAGAACAAUGCUCGGGCACGUCAUGAGAUACCCUAGCAUUGAAACUCUGAAGAGCCUCAUAUUAUUUUCCCUGGCAUUGAAAUCCAGUAACGAGCUGCUAGAGGCAUGGCACAUGGUCAACUUUGCCGCAUCGAUUGCAACAUCAUUGGGGCUGAACCAGCAAACGACCCGUUCCCAAGAGCGAACAUCUCUUGAAUACUCCAUGGCUCAGGAAAAGAGAAAGCUCUGGGUCUAUAUAUACACAAUUGAAAAACUGCUUGCCUUUGAACUCGGGCGUCACUCAAGUCUUCGGGAUAUUUCAGAGGCCGAACUACCUGAUACGCUCGGCUGCAAAGAGCUUUUUGAGCUGGCGAGGUUGCUGAGUGAUGCAGGCAAACGGUCUGUCCGUGCGAGCAGACAAGAAGAAGAAACAGAUCAAGACGACGAGCUCUAUCGAUCAAUAUGCGAAAAGGUGGAAAUUACGGGAGAGAGCUGUAUUAAGCUUAUACAGUGGGCUGAGUCAAUGCCCGCCGAGUUGAGCUUACUCAUUAGUAAAGAAGCCCUCCAGUCGGCAGUGAGCGUAAUAGCCAAAGACAAGCCAUGGUACUCGGUGAUACGAAAUGGCCAGUCCAUGGUGGCUGAUGCCGCGAGGAAGACUCUCCGGCUCGUUAUUGAAGGUGUAGACUCCGAUUUCAACGCCGCUCUGUCAUCACUUACUGCGCCCCUCAACUCCCUGGCGACGCUGGUAGUUUCAAUAAUCACCCGGCCACGGUCACACGUGGCGGGAAUGGAUCUGGGUUUGAUUGAAACUGCGGCCAGUGCAUUGAGGGAGCUGCAUUACUGGAGUUUCAGGGGCAACGAUGAUCUGGGAUCGUUACUUGACCGGCUUGUUAGGCUUUCAAGUGAUUCAAUCAAGGCGGCAAGGCAUUCUAGAGCAACAGCUUCGUCAAUAGGUGCGAGCGAAGGCCGGCUUCCAUCGUUUGGCAGCCGACACGAGCCGCGAUCAGAUGGACCCGACCAGGCGGUUGGUAUGAGCUGGCCAGUGACAGCAUCUUCAUGCGAUUCUCAGGACGAACCGCAAGCAGGCGGCCUCUUCACCGGCGGGUCCCAACUCGGGAUGUUAAACGACGAUGUGAUGUGGUUCGACAAUUGGACUUCGAAUUUUCCCGACGAGAUCAGCUGGGACUGGUCGAAUUUUCCACAGAUAUUCCAGUCCCGGGCUCAAUCACACAGCAUAGGAGAACCUUGA